CUGAGCGCGCCGCCGGGAUCGGUUUGAAUCGGCGGCGGCGGCAGUGGCCGGGGGGGGGGACGGACGGGGCGGCCUUGGGGCACCUCCCGAUUCCGGAAGACCCCCCGGAUCCUGGGGGGCACAAGAGACACCCCCGGGCUGCUCAGACACCCCCCGGCACCGGGGACACCCCCACAGGUCUGUGUGUGUGAGGAGCCCCCGCGCCCCGGUGCGGGGUCACCGGUGAGGGACCGACCGGGCCCGUCCCGGGGUCUCGUCUUCGUGUCUUCUGCCUCCGUUCUCCACAAGCGUCGUUUUGCCGAAAUUCAGGGUUUGUCGCUUCAGGAUAAAGAAAAACUGGCAAUGGCAAAGCGUAAGAGAUGCAGGCAAAAAAGGAGAGCCCGGGGAAGAUUUCACCUGAAACAAAAGAGAGAUGCUGCAAAGCCCCAGGGCUCAGUUUGUCCUUCCCCAGGGUCAGCAGUUGAUCUCCCUCUGAACCCAACACCUGUCCCAAGGUGCUCCCUCUGGCCAUCAGCCUUGCCCAGCAUAAAAGAUGUGGUAAAACCCUUGGAAUCAGCAGCAAAAAAUAUGAUAAAACCCUUGGAAUCAGCAGCAAAAAAUGUGAUAAAACCCUUGGAAUCAGCAGCAAAAAAUGUGAUAAACCCCUUGGAAUCAGCAGCAUCGUUUCUGUAUUGGUGGGGCCAGAACAAAAUUGCACAGAGUUUUAAGGUGGUUAAAGACACCAUAUUUCCAUCACAAAUCUACUUAAGGGAACUUAAUGCUUUGAGAGAGCAGCUGGAAAAGUUGGAAAGUGAAUUUUCCAAGCUCCAAGAAACAGUCCAGAUGAACAGAACUGCAGCUUUGUCUCCAGAAAAUCCUCUUUGCCAAAGGUGUCACAAACCAGUCCUGGGUGCUCCUGUACAGACACGGAUGGACCUGCUGGCAUCAGUGCCUGCUCCUCCCCCUCCUCCUCCUCCUCCACCUCCUCCUCCUCCCCCUCCUCCUCCACCACCACCACUGCCCCCACCAAAACUGCCUCCAGCACCUCUCCUCCUCAAACGGGGCACUGGCUCCAAAGCACUUCUGGCACCACCAGUGAAGAAGGACGGGCCGAUGCAGAUCACGCUCAAAGACCUCCUGAAUGUCAAGCUGAAGAAGACAAACAGCAACCUGAGAAUGGACAAGGCAGAAUCACCAGGGAAGCCACGCAGGGCAUUAAUUACAGUCUCAGAUCUACAGAGUAUUAGUUUGAGACCUAAAUCCAAGCCAUCAGCUCACGUCACAAAUUCCUUAAUUACUCCCCCUAAAAAUCAGAUUGAUCUUCGGAAACAUCUGAAGAAAGUCAAUAUACAAAGAAGUCCUGGUGGCACUCCUCUAAAUAAUAAAGAAAACAUUGAAUGUGGCUCUGGGUUGACACCAAUAAUGACACAGGCACUGCGACGCAAAUUCCAGAUGGCUCAUCCGAAGAGUCCCUCCCCUGCCCGGUUAAGUGCUGCAAACAGCUUUGAUGAAAAGUAAAAAGGAAAGUAGGUUUAUGGAACAAUGUAUUUUUCAUUUGUUGUCAGGAUUUGAACUGGAUUUCCCUUUUGAAUCCCAUUUUUAUCACGCUCAGGCACAUGUAUUUGUGAGUGCACACGAGAACAGGAUAUUAUGAAACCCUGUCAAGCAGAUUUUACUUUUUAUAUUUCAUAAUGUCUCAGUUUCUAUAAUGUCUCGAUUUGGUUGCAUUUUCAUUCUUAAUGGAAACAAAGCAUGAAAUUUCCCAAGUCCUUUGACCACUGGCUGCUUCUGAAGCAGGGACUAUUAUGCUCCCAACACUGGUGCUGCUUGUCAUACAAAUACCUAUGUGUUUGAAAUUCAGUAUUGUUUAUACAUCUUUUAUAUAUAUAUAUAUAUAUAUUAUUUUUUUUUAAAACAAAAACUAACUACACGGUAACUGUACAGCUUCAAAGAAAAGCAACAGUUUAAUGCACUAACAUUAUUAAAUGGAAAAGCUGCAGGAGUCAACAGCCAGCUUGGUUCUGUGGCUACAAAUAUACAAGGCAAUUGCACUGUGUAUUGCUUCUGACUGGGGUCAGAUCACUGUGAAAGGCUGAAAUGAUUCAUGGCAAAGCAACUCAAAGACUCCUUCAAAGUCAAGUUUAAGAGCUGGGGGGGGUGGAGAGAUGAGCCUGUGCUGUG